UCUUUCCGUUCCUAAUUUCCAUUUCUGUCAGGACGUCCACACACAAAAACUGACUCCCUCGCAUCUGUUCCAAGUUUGGAACUUUUUGACUGUUUAGUUGAGGUUCCAAGUUUCAACUUUCCCCUUGAAAUGUCUUACUCUUCAUAUGCUGUGAGCAGGAAAUAUAUAAAUCUGGUUCAUGAUUUUUUGUUCCUUCUUGUAUUGUACUAUUCGUGUAUGGCUCGAUAGUGGCAAUCUCAACCAGUAUGAUUACCUUUUCUAAAUCUGUGUUUCUUUCUGUUAUCUGAUCUACUUCAACCUUUUUGGGCCUUCGUCAUUCUUCUCUUGGAUUGGUGCAUUGAUUGACAUGGUCAAUUCCAGCCAGGAAUUGAAGAGCUCCUGAUAAGAAUUGGAGCAGAUAGGAUGGGUUCACCAUUAGAUUGGUAGCAUACAACGCCCUGCUAAUGCAAUGUAGUUGAAUGCUUGCCCUUCUGGCUUCACCAGAAUAAUUUAUGAAUUUCACAUGGCUUUCCGAUGUUCUUGUUCUCCCCUCCCCUCCCUCCCCUCCUGCUCCAAAUUUUGUCUUUUAAGCAACUUUCGGAUGUACUUUUUUAAACUGUUAUUGGUACACCCGCUAAACUGUUUUGCAUCUAAUUUGGUUCUUUCAAAAUUUGGCAUGUCCUCAACCUGCCUUCACAUUUUUGUUAUAAAUCUUGAAAAAUACGUCUUAAGAUUGAUGAAUACAAGCCAACCAUUGCAGAUACAUUGUGCUUGAAAAUUUUGCAAGUCCUGUAAAAGAUAUAGGUUUUGGACGCUAAGAUCCAAGCCACGGAAAUUCUUGAAAAUAAGAUUUUGUAGCGGUUAGCUAAUUCCCAUUUGCACUAGGAUGCACACAAACAUUCACUUGUUGACAGUCUCCUCAAUGUUGAAACUUCCGGACUUUUUGUUUUUUGGAACUGUUUGAUUCGGGCGUUCAAUCUUGGGAACGUCCAACAAUUUAGAUGGGCUGAACUCUGAAGUAGAAUGCAAGAAUUUUAAUGAUCACCAGUUUCAAGAAACAACACAUGAGCUUUUGCAUGCCGCUAUUAUUAUAAGUUAUUAGGGACUAAGAGUUUGACUGGAAGACUUACCGUGACGUUCUUUUGAAAUAAAGUAAGAUGCUUGAUCUGAUUGAAUAAAAGAACCUGACCGCUAUAAGAACUUGUAAAGCCUAAACAGGAAGCUGAAUUUUCCCACUUCUUCCACUCUCUCCCUCCUAGUCCCAGUAUGAAUACCGUGAAAAAGGUUCUUUUGUUCUUAGUCUUGGGCAGUUUCUCUGCAUUUUUGACAAUUGGCAGAUCAACUGCUGAGCUGAUAACUUCUCUCCCUGGACAGCCUUCUAAUGUUACCUUCAAGCAAUAUUCAGGUUACAUUGUUACAGAUGCUCAACAUGGCCGAGCUCUUUUCUAUUAUUUCGUCAAAGCUGAUUCAGGAAAUCCGCUCUCACAUCCCCUGACAGUAUGGCUAAAUGGCGGCCCUGGUUGUUCUUCUCUUGGAUUUGGUGCAUUCAUGGAAAAUGGUCCUUUUCAGCCUGGAAAUGCAGGCCUCCUGUUAAGAAAUAAGUAUUCAUGGAAUUCAGCAUCAAACAUGUUGUAUGUGGAAUCACCUAUUGGAGUUGGGUUUUCAUACUCAAACACAAGUUCAGACUACAUCAAUUGGAAUGAUACAACAACUGCUUGGGAUAAUCUGCAAUUUCCCUUGAACUGGUUCAAGGAAUUCCCUCAACACAGAGAUUCGGAUCUGUACUUAACUGGGGAGAGUUAUGCAGGUCACUAUAUACCACAGCUUGCAAUGCUGUUGCUAGAGUACAACAGACAACUGAAUAACAAACCUAUCAAGCUCAAAGGAAUUGCACUGGGAAAUCCACUGCUAGACAGCGAGAUCAGCAUUGAUGCUAGUGAAUUCCUUUGGUCACAUGGAGUAAUUUCUGAUGACAUGCUUGCAAUGAAGAAAACAGUCUGUAAUGACUCGAGGUACUUUGUGGAGAGAAUCCAUAAAAAUCUAUCCAAGGAUUGCCUGGAUAUGUAUGGAACCAUGAGAGAGGAGGUUGGAAAUGAUACUGAUCCUGGCGAUCUUAUCAUGCCUCCAUGUUUAUCCCCGACUACACAAUCAACUUUUCUGGGAGGUCCUGCUGAUGCAAAGGUUGCAAAGAAAAUUGCAGUUGGUGAUCCCUGUCUAGGUGAUAGGAUAUAUGCAUACCUCAACAAACCUGGAGUUCAGAAAGCUUUACAUAUCAAAACAACUCGAUUUCCAGCUGUCUGGGACUUUUGUUCAGGGCCGCUGGACUACCAAGCUGAUAAUAUGGCUGCUAACAUCAUACCUCUCUUGUCAGGGAUUCUUAGAGAGAACAUCCGCAUUCUACUUUUCAGUGGAGAUCAAGACUCAAAAAUCCCACUAACACAGACAAGGAAAAUUGCAAAUUGGUUGGCCAAAGAUCUAGAGCUGACAGCUUUUGGGAGAUAUGGUCCUUGGUAUGAUGGCUUGCAGGUUGGGGGCUGGAGUCAAUCAUUUGGUGGAUUAGAGAAGAGUAAAAACAAUACACACUUGACAUAUGCUACCGUUAAGGGAGCAGCUCAUGAAGUCCCCUUCACUUCUCCCUCCCAAGCUCUCACACUCUUCAAAGCAUUUCUAAGUGGACAUCCUCCCCCAAGAACCAGUAAUGUUUGAGUCGAAAAUUGCUGGGUUGAGUGCUGUGCUGUAGGUUGCUAUUCAAGAUGGAAGCUUUUGCUUCGGAUUUUAACUUACCAAGUCAGCUAAAUGUGCAGUUUCGCUGUGAUGAUACGGCAUGCAGAGCAACGAACAUGAAUAAUACUACGCUGCUCCAAUCAGAAGAUUGAAGAAAAUUGUUGCAACAACAAUAAUGUAUGCUAUCGUCUUCAGGGGAUGCCAAAUAACAAAUGCAUUCAAAACCUAGUAACUUGUAUAUGAUAGCUGUUGAAUUCAAACCAA